AUGUUCCCUCGACAUCCAGUGAUGAUCAUCGCUGAAGAACUUACGCAUGUAUACAGGGAACACUUGGAACUAGCAUCUUCAUUUCCAACUACUUUUCCCAAGCCUUCUCAAUGGAAAUGUGAUGUGGGAUGGACGAGAUACGACCACGGAGGAGUUGUUGAACAAGUGGACUGGCCAUUGGAGGAUGUUUUCUUCUUCGAUGUCGAGACCUGUGUUUUGGACGGUCAACUGCCAACACUAGCUGUUGCACUAUCUGCAAAAGCUUGGUACUGUUGGUGCAGUGAGCGCCUUGUACAUCUCACUCCUGUUCCGCUGCUACCUCGGCUCAGGCAUUUGAUUCCUCUGGGAGGUGCUGAAAAGCCUCGUGUUGCUAUUGGUCACAAUGUUGGAUACGAUCGAGCACGAGCCAGAGAGCCUUAUGAGAGAAAGAAAUCGGCACUUCGAUUCAUGGAUACCAUGUCAAUGGCAAUACCGAUGUUUGGGAUGGCAGAUCAUCAAGUCGUUACAUAUGAAACGGACGAUUCAGAUUACAUCUUAAGGGUUUGUUUUUAG